GGUCAACACCCACCCAGAGCAUUCACUGCGGUGCACGGGCAGUCCAAUCACAGAGAACUGGUGCUAAGCUGACCGGAGGAGGGCUGUGAUUUUUCAGCACGGUGCUCUCUGUUGCAUUUUAAAUCCCCAGUCGGCACAAAGGGGGAUGACGAGAGGCUGAAGAGGAGGAGGUGGAGGAGUAGAAGGCACAGACAGCUGCAUAUUUCACCCAGUUGUAGCAAGGAGGAGAGGAGGAUGCAUGCAUAAAGAGGAGGAGCACCCUUUCUAACACCUGCUGAAGGCUGCUGUGGGCCUUUCCUGUCGUGUCCUUUUUGUUUCCUUCUCUGAUUCUCUUUUCAUCCUUCAUCCUCUUUUUGGCCUUCCCUGGCUGUUGGAACAAAAGCUCCUGCGUCUUUUUUUUUAAAACCCCCCCCUUUCCCCUUCGGUGGUGUUAGUCUUGCCUCGCACAAGCUGAGUCAUCAUGUCUGAUCUGACGCCUCAGAGCGAAACCCCGACUCCCACCACAGACAAGAUCACCCAGGCUGCCAGGGAGACCAUUUAUCUGUGCAACUUUCGUGUCUCUGUCGACGGCGAGUGGCUGUGCCUCCGCGAGCUCAACGACAUCUCGCUCACGCCAGACCCCGAGCCGGUCCAUGAAGAUCCCAAGGAUCCCAUCGCGAUCGAAAGGCUUAACUUGAUGAACAUGGCCAAACUGAGCAUCAAGGGCCUGAUCGAGUCUGCGCUCAACCUCGGACGCACGCUCGACUCCGACUAUGCACCCCUCCAGCAGUUCUUUGUCGUGAUGGAGCACUGCAUGAAGCACGGGUUGAAAACUAAGAAGACCUUCCUGGGGCAGAACAAGUCUUUCUGGGGGCCGCUGGAGUUGGUGGAGAAGCUGACGCCUGAGGCAGGCGAGAUCACUGCCAGCGUAAAAGACCUGCCUGGCCUCAAAACUCCUCUGGGAAGAGGGCGCGCCUGGUUACGACUGGCCCUGAUGCAGAAGAAGCUCUCAGACUACAUGAAGACCAUCAUCAACAGAAAGGACCUGCUCAGUGAAUUUUAUGAGCCAAACGCGCUGAUGAUGGAGGAGGAAGGUGCCGUCAUUGCCGGGCUGCUUGUUGGACUAAAUGUCAUCGAUGCCAAUCUGUGUAUGAAGGGAGAGGACUUGGACUCGCAGGUCGGGGUGAUCGAUUUCUCCAUGUACCUGAAAGACGGUGGGCACAGCAGCAAGAGUGCAGAGGGCGACGGUCAGAUCACAGCGAUUCUCGAUCAGAAGAACUACGUGGAAGAGCUGAACAGACAUUUAAGCGCGUCGGUAAACAACCUGCAGGCCAAAGUGGACGCGCUGGAAAAGUCCAACACGAAGCUGACAGAGGAGCUCGCAGUGGCGAAUAACAGGAUCAUCACUUUACAAGAAGAUGUGGAGAGAGUAAAGGAAGAGAGCUCGUAUCACCUGGAGUCCAGGAAGGCAUUACGGAGUGAUUCAGCAGCAGACGGACACGCGCUGGGCGAAACACGCAAGCAGCUCAAAGAGGAAACUUUGCUUCGGCUGGAUGUGGAGAAGGAGCUAGAGGUCCAGAUUGGGAUGAAGCAGGAGAUGGAGCUGUCCAUGAAGAUGCUGGAGAAAGACAUCUGUGAGAAGCAGGACGCUCUGGUGGAGCUCAGACAGCAGGUGGAAGACCUUCGUGCCAUCAACCAACAGCUCAUCCACAAGUCACAGAGUACCGAUGCCGGCUCAAAACAGAAGAGCGAAGUCAUCGGUCGCCUGGAGGACAAAAUAAACCAGAUGUCAGGGACCAUAAAACAGCUGGAGACCAGAUGCAAACAGGCCGAGAAGCAGAGGGACCUGGCUUUGGAGGCCAACCGGCUCUUCAAGCAGGAGUUUGGAGACAAAAUCGAGAGUCUGCAGGUGGAGGCGGAGCAGCUGAGGAAGCAAAGGUCUAAUUUGGAGCAGGAGCUGAGGAAAUGUCGUGAGCGAAGGAGCGAGCAUCACCUCGGUGCUUCACCGCGGCCAUUCAGCGCUCCUCGGACCGACAGGAGACAAGCGGAGGACGUACCAAGACAACUCCCAGAAGCCCCGUCAAUCAAGAAGGAGAGAGAGCAGCUACAGAGUGAAGACAAAACCAGCCUGAGCUCCAGCCUGUCUUUGUCACAUCACAAAGAUGACCAGAACGAGUCGUUCUUGGUGAUCAGCGAGCCUUCGGUGUGCACCAUGUGUGAGCAGGGCGACUCCCUCCUGAGGACAAAGAAACAGUGUAAGAACUGCAGCGGCGUUUUCUGUGAGAGCUGCGUGUCCAAAGAGCUGCCAUUACCUUCUUCCAUUCUCCCAGAGACCGUCUGCACCGCCUGCUACUCACUGUUACUGCAGCAGUACGCUUCAUCACCAACAUGAACCCACACACACCAGAGGCAUGUAUAAGUAAAACUGGAGCUCUGUCUGCCAUUACAGCCGUGUGUGUGUGUGUGUGUGUGUGUGUGUGCAGGUUUUCCUUACAAUAAAACUGAAGACAUUUAUCUUCUUCUUCCGGUUCAGUGUGUGUGGGUGAAUUAUGCUGCUGUGGGCACUUAAGCUAAACUUGCAAAAAUCACAUGGCUGGAUUAAAAAAAAAAAAUGCCCACCUGCAUCAUCUCAAAGUUUAAUGCACACAUUUCUAUCCCCAGUUUUAACAGAUAAAAAAGGAAAAAAUGGAAUUUGAUCCUCGGUGUUUCUUCUUAGAUCGGGAUAUGAAGUCAUUCACAGGGAAAAUCCUGACAAACAUCUUUGACCAAAUACUGUCGUUAAGUGUGUCAUUAUUUUCUUAAAGACUGUAUGUUUAAAAAUAUAUAUAUAUCAUGUAAUAUAUAAAAAAAAAGUUACAAAUGUUUAUUUCUCUCAGCUUUUUGUAUUCUGGAAAUUCUAAAGUAAACUGGAAUGAAGACUGGAAAUCCAGGAAAGACAACUUCCUAAAUCAAAAUAAUAUCACCAGAAAUCCUGCUCAGCCACAACAUUAAAGCCAUCGCUCCAAUACUGUGUAGGUCACCCCAGCACCGCUGGCCCGUCCGGUCACGGGCGUAGGACUUUUGGGUCAUCUGGCGCAGAGGCGUUGGCAGCAGGAAGUACCCAUAACUGCUUUCAGAGUUAAAAACUGAUACCAACGUGUCUGUUUCUUAAAUAUGAUGGUUAGAAGCUUAGCAUAAAUACUGGCAACAGUCCUCCUACAGGUAACAAAAUCCACCUUUAAAGAUCAAUAAUUAACAUGCUAUUCCGUGUUUUGGAUAAUCCACACAGAAACCAAUGUGUGAAGUAGAGGCAGUGGUUCUCAAAGUGUGGCCCACGGCCCCCUGGUAGGCCACAAGAAGUCACAAUAUUGUUGGACCUGUUUUGAAUCCUGAAUUUGUCUCGUGUCUCAUUAAUAGUGGGACGGGAAACACUUUGUGACAUUUCAAACUGGGUCUCUGGUUCUGUGUUUGGGGAACAGCUGCUCCACGGGAGACAUUUUUGGUCUUUUGUUCCAGUCUUUAUGCUAAGCUCAGCUAAUGAUUUUUUUUAAGUUUACAAAGCUGGCUUCUUCUUUUUUUCCUUCUGUUGUGCAUUAGAAGUGGCAUUAACAAAAAGGCUUAAAAUCAUAGUCAUUUAGCAUUAAGUCCCAUCAGAGUCUGGUGUGGAUAAACUGGAUGUGUUACAGCACCUUUGAAUGCUCGGCUCCGCCUGGCUGGAUUGAAGUGGAGGCGUAUCAGUGUGUUUAUAACUAAUGUUGAUUAAAACUAGUUAAAUGAUUUUUUUUUUGGGGGGGGGUUGUGGCUGAAGAUGAUUAA